CUUGUCCAGCAAUAAUCAAGUUGGCAAACAGAACAACCACUCUUGCUGUCCCGCUGCUGUUUUAUAGACGGAACUUCUUUGUUAUGGAUCUACGUGCAUCAAGAACUUUUACAUUCACCUAGAGAUGUGAAACGCAAGUGUUCAACGUCAUUUGCAUCCACUCGACACACAUGAAAUGGAAACUCGAGUGUAUAUAAACGUUGAUGUUGAGCCAUUCUGCACGAAGUUGAUAUUCCCAAUCGGUGUUCCAGCGGAUGGCUGCGUCGGACUUAUUUUCGGGAAAUUUUCCAAGACGUGUUUGAAAACCGUUGCGCCGAAUGAGACCUGUGCAAGUGCAGAAAUAUCAACUGCAGUCAAUGACAAGGUAUUCGUACGAUCUCCAUCUAUUGACGGGAAACCCUUAUGCACGCUUAGAACGGCGCCACUGCCUGAGGACCUGAAGGAGGACCCUCCGCCUCGAAAACGGAACGGCAAACGACAGCAAGGGAGUGUAGAGAAUGAACCAGUCUGUGAAACAUUACCUAGUAAUGCAGAGGAACAGAACAGCAUCAACGAUAAUGCGCCAGUCGAGGCAUCAAACAAAGAUAGGAGAAAGCAAAAAAAUCCUGUAAAGGUACGCAUUAAACGUUCUGCUUCAAAAGUACCUGCAGGUUCUUCAACCACCUCCGUCCCCACGCGAACGUCAGAACGGCAACGGAAACCUGUCAGAGUGUUUUUCCCAGACAGCUCUUCUGGUUCAGAGGGAGAUGCAAAUGAAGACAAUGAUGACAGCAGUUGGGAAGGCUCGGAGCAGCCCAGGUUACUGCAAGCGAUGAGAAUGCGACAAACAAAAAGCGCAGAGAGACUGUCCACUCCCCGUGUUGCGCCGCUGAAAAUAAAAAAGCUCAAAGAACAAGCUUUGGAGAGCGCAAAACCUCCUAAAGAAAGUUCCAAGACGCAUUACUCUUGCAACGAGUGCGGUAAGACCUUCUGUUCCAAAUCGAAAUACCGCCAACAUUCAUGGUGCCACCGACCUUCCACAGACCGACCUUACAAGUGCAAAUAUUGCGCCAAGGGAUUCAUCAGCAAAGCGGCCAUGGAGCGCCACGAGUCCAGCCAAUGUGGAAACAUGCCCAAUUAUUGCGACAUGUGCUGCAAGGGUUUCCCAACCAAAGAAGCGCUGUCUGCUCAUUUGGAAAACCACAAAAACUACCGCUGUGAAAACUGUUCGCAACUGUUUCUAAGCCAAAGAGGUCUGCGCAAACAUUACUCCCAAACCCACAAGAAGAAUGACAAGCACAAAGCACCGGAUAAAGAUAAUGUAGCAGAGCUGCAUCCGAAUGAAGAAACAAACAAACUUGUAGAGGCAUACUCCUGUGCCGAUAUUGACGAACUGGUCGACCCUACUCUGCAGGGGCUACCCGAGAAAGAAGUGUUCUCUUGCGACUCGUGCUGCAAGUCGUUUACGGACCACAGUGAACUUCAGGUACAUCUGCGUCAGCACAUGGAGAUAAAGACCGGAACAGAUCCAAAGGACCAGACAUACCACUGCAGCAUCUGCAAUAAGGAGCUCAAAUCAUUAUGUACUCUGAGGGUACAUGUACAGUCACACAACAAGGUGCGUUCAUUUGAGUGCAACAUCUGUCAAGCAAAAUAUACGACUCCUGGAAAUCUUCGUAAGCACAAGAAGAUCCACGAUACGACACAUACGUACAAAUGUCCACAGUGUCCUAAGGAGUUCACGCACAGCAACUACAUGGCUAAGCACGUAAAACGUGUCCACACUAGGGAUUUCAAGUUUGCAUGCAGCUAUUGUCCAAAGCGGUUCCAAGAGCAGAAGCGCUUCCAGCAACAUCUCGUCCUGAUGCAUGCAGGCGAACUAAAGGAAGAUGACUAUGCAACUCUCACACUAGUCAAGAAAUUUCACUGCAACCAGUGUCCAUUUACGACAUACAGCCCCAAGAGUUUCCGUCAGCAUGAAAUUGUUCACACUGGGAAAUACCCCUACAUCUGUGACCAGUGCAACAAGGGUUUCACAUUCCGCUUUGAGCUUGCCAAGCACGUGCGUUGCAUUCACAACUCUCAGUCAUUCAGGUGUGACCGCUGCAAGCGAACGUUCACUGCUGAGGAUGUCUAUAAGGUUCAUAAAGAUCACCAUGAUCGGGGCAUUGGAAUCACUUGCAAAGAAUGUGGAAACUUGUACGAGACUCAAGGCCAUUACGAGCAGCAUAUGCAAACCCACUCGAAGGACCUACCCUACGAGUGUGUCACCUGCAAGAAACGUUUUGCACUUACGCGUUCCUUGAAUCUCCACCGGCUCACACAUGACAAACACAGGACACCACAUUUCCGUGCCUACAAUGGAAAUCGGAACUGGGACUACUUCUGUGAUCUGUGCAAGAUCUAUUUCAAGUAUGGCUCAAGCUUGGUGGCUCAUCGUGUGUGUACUCAUGGUAAUGGGCCACAGACAGACUGUCCCUACUGCGAUAAGAAAUUUAACUCUAAGCUGACUCUUUCAAUGCACAUUCGCACACAUACCAAGGAGCGGCCUAUGCGAUGCACGGAGUGCGGGAAGACAUUUCGUGUUUGGAACAGCCUCAAGCGCCACGUCAUCACCAACCACACCAAAGACUACAAGUUGUUCUGUGCCCUCUGCAAUAAAGGCUUUGUGUCAAAGUCGUACCUUAAGGUACACCUCAAAAGUGCGCACAAGGCUGUUCCGAGCGGCUCCGGAAAAAUGAAGAAAGUUCAGCAGCAGCAGCAGCAACCACGCAAGCCUGCAUUACCACGUAGGCAGCUAGAGCCUUUGGCAACGGUACCUCUACCACCUAAGGCAGACCGGAGUACUAUGGUGACACACUUGCAGCCACCUCCCACCAAGCUUCCUCCCCCUGUGUCGGCACCCAUAGUGAACACAACACAUCUGCCACCAAUACAACAACGGGAAUUUUUUGAGAUGCAACAGAUACAGCAUAUGGAGGGAGAGACAUAUUCGCUAAUGUUGCUUUAGUUAUGGGCACUAGGAACACAAAUUUCCAUCAUAUUUGUAAGGACACUUUCAUCACAAUUUUAGACUCCUUGAAGGACAGUUUGUUGCACAAAAGCUCCUGUGUGGCGGACAGCAAGGGUAUCAUAUCUCACUCCACCUGAAUUCGCAAUUGUACAUCGAGAUUAUACGGAGAUUUUUAUCUCUUACUCCAUUUCGUGUUAAUGAGCUAGAUGGUUCAACGUCAAUCAACGUCCAAGAAGACCAAGACUGCAGUGAAAAUGUGGGUGGCUAUGUUAUGUUGAGAAUGUUUCCUGAUCUGCUCCCUUUAGCUUGACAUGUCUAUGGCCGCCUGUGCCAAAAAUGUUUAUGUGGCCUAUUUUAGUAACUAGUAUUACCAGAGUAAAGCAACAAGUCAAGCAACCUGUGUUCCAAUCCAUUUAAUUUAAACUGGUUUUGUACAAUUAUGCUUGGGCACAUGGCUUUAUAACCAACCAAGGUUUGGCUUUGUAGCUGUCCACAAUGGACAUUUGAUAAAUGAUUAAGUAGGAAAUGAUGAUAUCCACUGUCUUGAGGGUGUGAAGUGAUGGCUACCUUAUUAUAGCUGUGCUUUUGAAGUGUAGGAGGAAGCAUUAAUCACACGCUUUGGAAGUUGAACAUCCAUUGUGAGCAGUUGCGAUAUUUCUGGGCCAGACAAAGGCACUUGUACAGGGACUAUUUUCACGAUAUAUGAUACAGCUUUGUCCAUCUAUUGUGUAAUGUCGCCUGAUAAACGCGUACCCAUCUCAGUGGCAAUAAAUUCCGGAAAAACCUA